AUGACACUGUCUAUUCACCAACAAGCAGUUCAAAAUAAUAAAGAUUCAUUUAACGAGGAAUUUGCACAAAAAUAUGAACAGCUUGAAAGUCAAAGUAUUUUAUCGAUACUCUUUGUUAAGCAUAUAUUAGAGUUUGAUUUAUCUAUUGUUACCACUUCUAACCCCGAGGAUUCUAAUGUUGUUCUUGGAGACCCGGAAAAGCCAUUGAAUGGUUUUUCUAUUGAAGAGACCUUGCCUGAUCCAAAGACAUAUUUACAAAAAUUUCCCAAGAGUAUAUUCCGCCCAGGUAUGAAACUUUUGGAUUUUGCUUGUGGUACAGGAAAGGUAACUGAGUUGUUUGUACCUUAUUUGACACAAAAGGGACAACACAGUGAGAUUGUUGGUAUUGAUAUUGGUUCUGCUUUCCUUUCAUGGUUCAAUAAAAGAGCUGAAAAGUUUACUAGUGAUGAGCUAACUAUGAAAUCUUAUGAAUACGAUAUUCUUGACAUUGAUAAUGAACCUAAGCUUGAACAGUUUAACAACUAUUUCGAUGCAAUUAUUUGUACCAUAUCAUAUCACCAUAUCCACAAUUAUGAGCAAGUGACUAAAAAAUUGGCCACAUUUUUAGCCCCAGGUGGUUGGUUGUUUAUUAUUGACUUUUAUAAUGAGGAUGUAGAGCGAGUUCGCGACAUACUGAAAGCAACUGGUGCAGUUCAACAUAUGGGCGGAUUGAAAAAGGAUAGUUUGAAUCAUACAUUAAGAGAUAUUUCUGGAUUAAUCAAUGUUUCAAGUUCAUGUAGAUUUAGAACUUGGGUUUAUCAGCCAAAGGAAUUUAUUAUGAAUCACUGUGAUGAAGAAACAACAAAGAAAUUAGAAAGUGGUGAGUUGAAACUGAGAAAUAGUAAGAAUGGUGGAUUGGAAUAUUUGAUUCAAGCUAAUUUGAUCUAUGCUAUCGGUCAAAAGAACCCAAAGUAG